AUGCCUAAAUUAUUUGGAACAUUAUCUUCUUCAUCAUCAUCAUCAAAAGAGUUGUCAAUUGAAAGUAGAGUAGUUUGUCGAGAUGAUUAUUACAAAAUUGAAUGUAGUAUUUGUCUAAGUAUAUUAGAGAAUCCAAGACAAUGUUCAUCAGAUUGUAUAUCAUUUAUUGUUGCAAAGGAUAAUGCUGAAUGUCCACUAUGUAGAACUUCACUACAAGGAUUAUCAAGAAAUUUAUUGGCUGAAUCAAUGUUACGAGAUUUAAAGAUAUAUUGUAUAAAUCAUUUUAGAUUUAAUAAAGGUAAUAUGGAAUGGGAACAUUGCCAAGACUCUGAAAUGGCAUGUCAAGAACAUACGACGGUAGAAAAAUCACAAGAACAUUUACAACAAUGUCAAUUUACUCUGAGAAAAUGUCCUCUACAAGAAAAUGGUUGUGAUGUAGAGUUGUUGGGUGUACCAAUGCAAAAUCAUAUAAAGGAGGAAUGUAAAUAUCGUAUAGUACCAUGUACAUACUGUCAAAGUACAAUGAAAGCAUCAGAGUUGGAUACUCACAUGUCAGAGACAUGUUUAGAAUAUAUAUUAGAGUGUCCAGAUAAAUGUGGUUCUACAUUUAAAAGAAAUGAAUCGGAUGGACAUCAAAGAGUUUGUCCAAAUUUUAUAAUACCAUGUAUAUUGGGUAAUCAAAUUUGUAAUUUUAUGGGAAAAAGAAAAGAUAUGAAUCAACAUGUAAUGGAAUCAUUAUCAAUACAUAUGCAAUCACUUGCCAUAUCAAAUCAAAAUGUAAUAAAAGAAAAUGAAAGAAUGCGUCAAGAAAUCAAUCUAUUAAAUAAGAAAAUAGAUAAUUUAGAAGAUUAUUGUGAUAAUCUACAAGAUAAAUCAUAUUUUACAUAUGAAUGGAUUAUAAAAGAUUUUAAUCAUAAUAAUAGUGUUGUUGAUACAACAUCAUUUGAAUCAAAAGAAUUUAUGUUGGGACCUUUUAAAUGGAGAUUACAAAUUAAACAAAAUAAUCGAUACGAUUAUGGAUUGUUGAUUUAUAUUUUGGAUGAAAUCGAUGCAAACAUGGAAAUUAAUUUGGAUUGUUGGUUUCAAAUUGUAGUGGUCGAUGGUGGUUGUAAACCUAUCAAUCUUUACAGCGGUAAAGAUGCCAAAUUCAACACCAACAAUCGAUUCUUUGGUUUUAAAAACUCGAUUAGCAAGAUGGAUAUUAAGAAAAAGGAAUCGGUUUCAAUUCAACAACAAUAUUUAAAAGAUAUGAAUAAAACAAUUUUAUUAGUUUUAGUUUCAGUAUUAUUAAUUUUAACAAUUAGUCAUUCAACCACUGUAGUUUUUGCAAUAGAGAAUGAUAAACAAUAUAGACCACCUAAAAAUCAAACACAUCAUCACCCUGGUCAUGGACAUACCAAAGGCGACUCUGCAUUCUCAAAGUGUGAAAGGGUAACUGAACAUGGAAUCAUUGGGUGUCCAGCCUUCCAAAUGCCAUCUGGAUGCACAGAAAUUAGAUUACCUCAUCUUCCAUACCCAAGAUGUUGUCCACGUCCCAAUUGCGGUAAUGGUCAAAACAAUGGUGGAUGGCGUCAUAACCAAACUCAAAAACCAAAAUAA